AUGAGACCAGGUGACCGGCAGGGCCCCGGUGAGCGGGCGGUCCGUGGCGAUUGCCCGAGCCGCCUCGAGGGGGCCCUGCGGCGGACGCGGGCCGCCAGCCAGGAGGACAGGCCCGCCCGCGAGCAGCUCGGAGCCCAGCCUCGCUUCGGCCAUCGCCCCGCCGGACCGCGCUGCGGGUUCGCCCAGCCGGAAGAAUUGACCACGUGUCCUCACAAUUUUAAGAAAAAGGACUUUAAAAAGCCCAGAGUCUGUGGAGUGUGCAGACAGACCAUUGACGGUCAAGGGAUUGCUUGCCGAGUCUGCAAGUAUUCCUGCCACAAGAAAUGUGAAGCCCAGGUAAGCAUUCCAUGGCUUUCUCAUUCCACUCAUCUUCGUCACAAGCGAAAAGCCCACUGA